ACCCUCGAGAUAGAAGCAACGUGAGUCUUGGCGCUGUCACCCGGCAAAAGGGGGAUUGCGCCACCGUGUGGACGCGCCGGUCGAGGCCGCGUAUACUUGUGUGAAACGUGAGAACCUCUCCCCGGGAUCGUCCGUGACCAAAUUCGUGCGCGUGUCGGCGGGAGCGUCGUCGUCGUCGUCGCGACGCUUCCUCGCGAGGAAGGCGGCAGGAAAUCUCGCGCGAAUUCGGCGAACACAAUCGGUCGGGACAAGACAGCUCCUGUCACGUCCUGAAGUUGCCGUUUUUCACCUCCUCUCCCACCACCUCCUUUUCCGCGCGCCGCGACUCGUAACACGAUCCGCGAUGUCUCUGUGUGAUACGUACGUGUGAAAAGUGUUUUUUCGCGAGUACUUUUGCAUCUUCGGCUUGGAAUCCGAGAAGAAAACUGCAGACGGAAGGUGAGCACGAGACUUGAUCGAAGGAGACGGAUCGUCGACAAGCGCAGGAUGUCUCGUGGCACGUGGCACCGGUGGUCGGUGCUCUCGCUGCUCCUGCUGGCCACGCGAUUCCUCUCCAUCCACGGACAAUGCGGAUCGUACGUCCAGGACCGGCAGGAGAAGCAGGACAAGCAGGACAAGCUGGCGCUAUACAAGGUUACCCUGAGGACCUACUGGUCGAGGGCGCGAUUCCCACGACAUUAUCCGGAGUGGAAGCCCCCAGCGCAGUUCGGCAAACUGAUCGGUCGAACGCACGACUCGACUUACACCCUCUACAGAUUAGGCGAGAGACUGUCUACGGGCGUCAGAUUGUACGUGGAAACCGGAAGAGCCGAUGGAUUGGACACGGACGGGGAUUCGCCCAAUAGCUUGCACUCCUUCGCGGGCCCGCCGAUACCUCAAGGCGAAGGCACGAGCGUCACUCGAGCCUUCUUGGAUGGCAAUCACACUCUAAUUAGCAUUAUGGCGCGCAUCAAUCCCAGUCCCGAUUGGUUCGUAGGCGUGGAUUCCUUCCAAUUGUGCGUCGAGGGCAAUUGGGUCGAUACCGUAACCGUCGAGCUCGACCCGCUGGAUGGAGGCACGGAUAACGGUUUCACAUUCACGGCUGCCAACUGGCCGACGCAGCCCCAAGGAAUCGCUUACAGGAUCACAUCCCGAUAUCCGGCACAUCCCGCGGGAAGCUUCUAUUAUCCGAAUCUACCUCGUCUACCACCGAUAGCCACCCUCACAUUCACCAAGCUGCGCGAGUAUACCCUGACAGAAUCGUAUCACGAAGACGACGUCGAGGUAGAAUUCAUCAGCAACGACAAUCUCCAAGCGAACAACGAGGCUCCCAGAGGAAUCGAUCCGAACAGGGAUCUAAACGAGGCCAUAGCUGAAGAACGAAGGGAAAUGGACACCCAAAGAUACAGAUACUGGAGCACGACAGGGAACGGUCAGCAGAUCGUGACGGACGUUCCGCGCGACAACAAGGCGGCGAUCAUCAACAGCAUCGCCUCGUCGUACGCCUCGUGGCAGCGACCGAGGUACAACGCGACCCCGAUGCCGCGGACUUCGAAGAUCACCGUCGACGGUGAUAAAACGAGACAGUACAGCGAGACAGGAAGAUCCGAUUGGCCGUAUUAUCAGACUUACAGACGAACGGCGGAGGCGCAGAAGGCGCAGAUCUACGAGGAUAUCCAGAGGAAGAUUGCGAACGCGUCGAAUGUAUCGAGUAUCGGUUAUUCAUUCGCGAGCAACGCGACCAACUUGGCGGAUCCGCGCCAGCACAGACUCAGGAUGAAGCAUCACGGGCUGACGUCCAAGGGCAAGCGAGUUAGAACACGCGCACCGAGAGAUUGCAAGGUCGGCGAAUGGGGUCCGUGGAGCGCGUGCAGUCGCAGCUGCGGGGUGGGCGAGACCCAGAGGACGCGGAAGGUCACGAUAAAGCCGCGCCGAGGUGGCACCCCGUGUCCCCCGCUGAAGGAGACCAAGUGGUGCGGCAGCGUCAACCCGUGCUCGGAGAGCAAACCGAUCAUCGACUACCAUUGGUAGUCAUCGUCGGGGGUCUCCUUUCACGAACACGUGUACCAAAGUGACUCGCUCUCGGACGAGAGGUCGCGCUGGCAAGCGGACGAGGCGGGUGAGGAGCGAUUUAUGCGAGAAAUGCGCACGCAAACGGGACGGACGUGACGUAUGAGAAAUUAAAUUAAAACGGAGAACAUGACGUAAGGUUGAACGAGUUGGAGAAUAUCUUUUAUAUCGACUUGGCGCUGGAAAUGUACCACUAUGGGCUAUGCUUUAGAGGGCGAUUUGUGUGUGAUUUGACAAUAUAUAUUACAGAAAAAUUUUCGUAAACGGUAACUGAUAUCUUAAGGAAAUAAAGGGCUAUUUGAAAGAUUCCGGAUGAUACUACGUAUGUUGACGCAAACGAUCAUGCACGAUGUAUUUCUGAUGCGGCUCAAAGCAAUCACGAUAUUCGCGAUUAUUACAUAAUCGGAGAAGCAUGAUUACUCGGCGAUUUUAUUUUACUCAUUUAUCAAGAUAAUGAGAUACCGAGACAUUUAGUAUUACUUUGGACGGCAUCCUAUCUCAUCGAUUCAGAUAUGUAACUCCUUUGUUAUAUUUUUACCACGCCAUCAUAUUUGCGCUGAAGAUGACCCAAAAAUAGGGUCGAAAUAGGUUUCGCUAUUCCUUCUUUUUAUUUUUAUUUUUAAUUCAUGCUUUUUAUUGUAUAAUAAAUAAAUAAAUGUGUCAUAACAUCGACGCUCGACUCGUAUUGCUAUUGAAACUAAUUUGUUAAUUUUAUAUUUCGAGUCUUAUACCUUCAUUAUUUAUUACUCAUUUAUCGUCAUUUGAUGUUACCCUGCGAUACAUAUGUAUCCUUGCUCGCAAACCCCCGAACAUUGAAAACAUAAAGAUUGCCAAAGAGAAAUCCGAAUAGCUAACUCGUAUCGCGUUUCCACGUGUAUCACUAAAAUGCGUUUGAAGCUCGUUUUUCACUCGUCGGAGCGUGUUUCGUUUUUUUCAAAGUAAUUGAACAAUCGAGCAGUGUGUUUGUCGAAUUUGUUAUGGUGAAGUUACAAUGAAAAACGAAAAGAGAAAAAAAAUCAUGUAUCUACCUGCAACAUCUCACUAAUACAGGGCGAAUUACCUAUGUGUCUCUAGUCAUAUCGACACGUCUGAGAUUAUAAAGAUACCAAAGAUGUAUGGAUGCACACGUAUAGAUUUCCUCGAUCUAUAUAUUAGUUUAACGAGAGAAUCUCGCCUUGAAAAUUAAAUUAAUUCGCGAUUUCAACUCGCGUCGAAAACGAGCUUAACGUGGAACGUGGCGAUAACACGCCUCGAUCUUUGCACGCGAUCGAGGGUAGAAAUGAACCUCGGCAUAAUUGGAAAAUUGACCCAACUUUCCGGAAGAAAAACGUUACGUGCAAUUAAACCGAUAGUUUAAUCGCCGGUACAAAUAAUAUACCGCGAAUGAUCGACGUGUACUACACGCUCAGGUGCGAGAAUUUCUCCGGUGAAAUUUAACCGUCGCGUGCCAUACCAUAGUCUCGCUGAAAUUAAACCGAUGUUUCUGGGAACCUCGUACAUAGCUUAAAGCGAAGUUUUUAUCGGCCCGCUAUUUUCUAUCGCGAAACGAAAACGGUUGUUUGCGAGAGAUUUGCGAUGAAAUCCUCUUUAAACAAGGUACAAAUAAAGUUAAUAAUUAACUUAAGAUCUAAAUGAGAUCUUUUUCUUGAUUAAAAAAAAGAAUCUUUUUAUAUCUUCCCGUAAUUGUACAUUCUCUUUUUUUAUUUAUCUCUACGCUUGGAAUUUUACAUUUAGUUUAAUCUUUAUAGAGUAUAACUUUUUUGUUCGCAAAAGAAUUCCAUUUUCGAGAGAAUUUGCAAGAUACGCUUGCAAUUUUUUUUCGAAAUGUCGUGCAAUGAUCGAAAAAGUUAAAAUAUCUCGCGAGAAGAAAAAAAAAGCGUAAGAGCGAUUUUCAGCGCACUCGUAUAGACAAGGUAGCUCGUACAGAUUUUCAAAAUCCCAGACAAAAUCGCGUGAGUGUUUUUCGCAAAGCGUCUCCUCGCUCGAUGGAGAACACCGUGGAAUAAAGCAGGAACCGAUAGAGCGGGUGUUUCGCAAAAACGAUUUUUUUUCUCCAUCGUCAUCGAGAGUGGUUCCCCCUCUCUCUUUCUCUCUGUCUCUCUCUUCCCUCCUCCCUCUCUCUCUCCGCUCCCAUUCACUCUCUCUCUCUUUCAGUCUAUUUGUUUCUCUCUCGUGACGUGAUAGGGAAAUUUUUACAAAGAUAUCAUCAGGUACGUUUUAGGUGAGUGUAUUAUAUCUUAGGCAUAAAUUUAACGAUAAUAAUUAAUAACUAACGUCUAAUUGUAACACUCGUUAAUUAUUAGAUCCGUAUUAAUCGCGUCCGCGAUGCGGAAUUCGGCGUUGGUUGCGAAGAAUGCGCGAAGCUUCAUUUGUAAGAAACGAACUAAGAAUUCGAGCCAUCUCAUAGAGAGGGAUGGAUCUAAAAGUAACUCAAUGUUGAAUUCCGCACGCGACGUAUAUAUUGUCGACGCACGGCUUGUCCUUCAUGUUUAUUAGUGUCCAUAGCCACUAUUCUCAUCGGAUAUUCAGCGCUAAAUGCUCGAUCGUGAAUAGAUCGAUAUAUGAUUGAUUAAAUUAAAUUUUAAAAAUAAUAUAAUUGCCAUUUAAUUUGCAAAAAUUGCGUAGUCGCGUUUAGCGCUAAACACGUGGCGAGACUAGAGGUUUACGUAGCUAAAGUAUUGUAAUUAUACAAUUUUUUUUAACCGAAUUAUACAAUCUUCUUUUAUUUGAAUUUUUUUUAAUCAUAUGUUUCGAAAAUGGAAAGCGCAAUUGUGUCCGUUAUCAUGUGUCACCAUAAUAAAAGAAAAUAACUAACUGUAAAUUUUCAAAAUCAAUUUCGACGUGACACAACAAUAAUGAUUUCCCUGUUGUGUUGGUUCUAGCGAAAUUUAAAAUAAGCACGCUAUGAAAAAUAAUGGUACGAGCGAAGAAUAUAGCGUACUGUGCAAACUCCCAUGCCACACUUGCGUAAUGUCUGUACCCAUCUCCGUUUGUUCAUAGCGCUGAAACUGAAAUGAAAGGCUAAUCGUCGCAAUAAUAACGGAUAAAGAUGGUGAGAGGAGUCGAUUACGUGUAAAAGUUUUCAAAUUGCCGCUUAGCAUCUCAGAACGCUUCGAUAAUUAUCUUGAAAGUGGGAAAAAUUUGCGCAACACCUUUCGACAAUACUCGUGUAGAGUAAGAUAUAUUUUUUUUACAUAAUCAUCUUUGCUCGCUCUCCCCUCCCCUUUCCCUCUCUCUCUCUCUCUCUCUCUCUCUCGCUCUCUCUUUCUCUCUUGUGCUCAGAUUUCUUUUUCAAUUUUAAAGUUGUUGAAAUCGUUUGUGCAAAUCUCUCAAGGAAGAGACAGGCAAAAAGCCGUCGCAAUCAGAAUAAUAGCUACAUAAUAAAACUGAGUACAAACGAAACAUGACGACUCUCGAAAUUUUCCCUGAGAAAGGAUCGACUUUGUGAAAGAAUUUCUCUUAAAAUCAUUAAUAUAAAACGCAAUUUAUAUAAAAGAUGUAUAACUCUCGGUUUAUCUUUUGAGCCGAAGAUAUAGAAAAACGCACGAGACGAAGAUACAACCUUAAUUACGGCGGUACUUAUGAUACUUUCUCUCUUUCUCUGUCUCUCUUUUUCUCUUUCUCUCUUAUUUCGUUAAAACCCGUUCGUCCGCGAUAAUUAGCGGCUGAUCUUUGCCGGAGAGAAUCCCUUGGAAGCCGUCGCUGGCGGCGGGAGCGCGCGGUCGAAGUGAAAUAUCGGAUCGAGUUAAUCCCCGAGACGGAAAUCCAACCGGCGUAUUGUAAAAUCUUGGAACAAUACCGUAUAACGAUAAGAGAGAGAGACAGAGAGAGAGUGCCGUUCUCUUCAUUUUUUCUGAUAUAUACAUAUAUAUAUAUAUAUAUAUAUAUAUAUAUAUAUAUAGGAAAGAGGGUCGAGCCGUUGCCGUCUCGCAGUUUUAGAUGCAUUAAGGGUAAACGUUUUGUAAACUAAACGGGAACGCUUUCGUGAGAAACGGGGGCUUCUGUGACACGGAAAGAGGAAAGGAUCGAGUGUACUCUUGAAAAAAAGCGACGCAAGUCACUGUAAAAUCAUUAUCGUUGAACAGAGGUAUUUGAGUUCGGUGCAAUUGAAUCACAGAGUUCAUUUAUAACAAGAUCCAUGAUAAUUUGAAAUGCGAUUCUUCUCUUUGUAUUCCUCAAUUGAGCUCGAGAUCGCAAAACUUUUCCCUUUUGGAUACAAUCUGAAUAUCACAAAUAUCUUUUGUAUACUUUAUCAUCUAAUUAUGAUUGCUCCAAUUCACCCUGACUUUGCAAAUUAAUUAUUUAAUUUGUGCGCCAAAUAUACGAUUUGUUUUUUUAUUAUUGAAAGAAUAAUAUGAUAAAUCGGACAACUUGCUUAUAUUUUGCGCGUCUUGCAUUCAUUUUAUUGAACAUUUAUUCAAAUAUAAAAAUGCACAUAUUCUUCCUUUCCUCUUUCGCGCGUUUCCGGUCUACGUGACAAUGACAAAUCAAUGACAGAUUAAUGGAGGAGCUAAGCGGAGUGCCAUGAUGAUUAUUCUGUACAAGUCACUGUGCAUUCUAGCCCUGUAAGGAUAGCAGAUAGGACUAGCGAUUAAGCCGAAGCAUAUGUAGCGAUGUAUAACACAUAAGUUUAUAUUACAUAAUAAAAUGUGUCGAGAAAAUAAGCGGGCUCCCUUCUCGAUCUUCGAAUACAUAAUAUUUUUCACUUGCGACGUAUGAAUGGUAUUCGUAUAUAAUAAAGUAGCAAUUAUUUCAGGAAUCGUGUAAUCCUCUCUCUCUUUAUCUUUGUCACCCUUUUUUGUUCUUCGCAAAUAUCAUACAAACUUCUUUUUACGAUAAAACUUGUAUAAAACAAUUGGCUGUAUUUAAUAACGUGAGAUAUAAGUCA